AUGUUCGCAGUUGCCGAAGCCAAGAUUUCCCUGGAGAUGGCCAUGUGUAGUCACUAUCAGGGUAAGCUUUGUCACCGUGAGGUUCACCUUUUGGAGACUUUUCCCCCUCCCAUAUUUGAAAAACGUAUGUGGGAACUCGCUGAACUGUUAUCAGCAGAAGGUGAAAAUUCUGGUUCUAGCAGACCUGCCUCACCUUCCCAACCGGAAAAAGUAAUGCUCCUAUCCGGAAAAAAACGUAGUUUGCGUGUGGUGCUGUCGUCAAACGAAGAGACCGAAUCUGAUGAAAUGGGCCUUCGUCCUGAUAAGAUGUGCAACAUGGUGUCCAUACCUAAGCUUCUUGGUGUUAUCACAGAUGUUCUUGGUGAUAAUUUUUCUGUGCCCAGGCAGAAAGAGAUAGUGGUGGUCCCCAUUUUUUUAAAAACAUCGCCUUCUCUGUUUACUAGCUCGCCCUCGGUUGAUCCUAGUUCCUGCUACAUGCUUGGGAGACACGCCUUUGAUAUACGUAUGAAUGGACCCUUCUUCCUCACGAAGGAGGGGAUGGAAUUCUCUAUUUUCUGUAAUCACUUACCAUCUCUCUUAGAUCUCACACUAACUAGAUCGUCGGAGCUUCAUCCCGGGACUCCCUCCCGAAUGUAA